AAAAUCCAAGCUUGAUGAUGCCCCAGUGAGGGUCGUGUGACGCUCCCAGCCCCACGGGAACUGGGCAGGGCUGUGUUUGGGACACAUGUGGGACAGCUGGGGACCAGAGAGUCACCCCAACCUGCUGCUGGCCCCGGCUGGGGGCUUGCUGUGCUGAAGCAUCACCAUUCCCAGCAGAAAGGACUGGACUGAACUGGGUCUGGCAGCCCGAGCUGGGGUGGGUCUCAUGGAGCAUCCCCUCGCACUGAUGGAUGCCCAGGGACAAACUGAGGUGGGGCUGUGUCCCCGUGUGCCCCCAUCCUGCUCAUCCAGAGCCUGAUCCCACACGCCCAGGAGCUGACACAGCACAUCCAGCACCAGGAAAACCCCACACGCUGCAGCUUGUCUGGCAUCAACUCAUGGCAGCUCGUUUAUUAGCAGGGGAAGAGGCUUUGGAGGGGGAGAUGGGGACCAGGACCCCCGUUUGGGGACCAGGACCCUGCGCUGGAGGUUCCUCACGGCUGAUCUGUGCUGGUCCGAGGUGGUGGCAGAGGGAAAUGGUGCAGGAGGAGCCGGGCAAAGCUCGUGAGGGUGGCCGGGGUCCCGAUGGGCUCAUCCCACGGGCUGCUCACAGGGUGCUGUCACCAGGCUGGGGGGCUGCUCUGGGAGGGGACAACGUGCCGAGCUGGCACCAGGAUGCCCAACCCUCAGGAAAGGGUCUGGGGUCCCUCAGCUUCACCCAGAGCCCCCCAGCCUCCCACGCCAGGGCAGGAGGGCCUCGGCUCUCAGCCAGGAUCCCGGGGUGUCCCUGUGGAUGUGGACACGAAUCCAUCCAGGACUGGAUUACGCCCACGAGCACGAAACCCUGGGGACACCCCCACUCCUGCUGCCAGCCGGGCCCAGGUGCCAGCACUGGGGUGUGUGGGAAGUGCCUCAGCCCCUGGGAAUGGGCUGGGCUGCAGAGGGACCCCCAAUCCAGGUGGUCCCAGACCCUCGGAUACCUCCAGUCCUACACCAUCACUCCCUGCUUUGGGUGGACCUUUGUGCCCCCCAUCCCAGUGCCACGGGGGGCUGUAGGGACAGACAUAGGGCUAUGGGGACAUUGCAGGGGACACACCUGGGUGGCUCUGGGGACACAGGGAGACACCAGAACUGUGGGGAUAUGCAGGGGAUCCCCAGGGAUGUGCACUGGGGUGAUGGGGACGGGCACACCAAUGCCCACUGGAGCCCCCCUGCCCUGGCAGUGGCCGGGACUGAAGAAAAGGAGGGAAAUCCCAGGAGCAGCACUCCCGGGUGCUGUAAUGGAGCACAAGGGUGGCAGGAGGGCCAGAUCACCCCCUGGCUACAAACCACCGCCCUCCUCCUCCUCCUCCACCGACAAUCCCGCCGGGCUCCGCUCGCCAUCACUGUAUCUAUGUACUAAGGAUGUUAUUUUACCAGACUCUGGACAGUAUUCCCAAUUAAAAGCCAACCUGUGUAAAUAGGAA